UGAUAUUCUUAGACCAUCCUUUCGCACUAAGGUCAGACAGCCCACGCUAUCCCUUUCCUACUCACAUAUGAUAGUGUUGCUGUCUUCACUUUUUCGCAGAUCACCAGCGCUUGUAGCCAUACCCAGGCUUGCCAAUUACCUUUUUUCUUAUAAAAAGAAACAGCACUACAAAGGCAAAUAUUCAAAGCUCUCAUUUAAGCAGUACUAACUAGAAUCCAGGAAUACCUUCUUUAAAAUGCAGAACGAAGUCCUUGCAAAUGGCCAGAUCCCGGCAAAGGGAAACUUUACGCUGAGCAUUGAUUGCGAUGGACUUCUGAUGCCUGAUCCGAACAGGCCCGGCAUAUUCAAGUCAAAGCCGGCGGCUGAGGCUGCUCUCUAUUUCCGACUAGAGACACUCUUGACGGUUCCGAUGAUUCAACAAAUCAAGGUCAAGUGCUUCCACGUUUGUGGGGAAGUUGGGUUAGAUGAGGGCGCUUGCUUGGUGACUCCUUGGGGCAUUGGUGAUUGGUUCGUAGACCAAUACCGACAAGCAGGGAAGUCUGCUUAUUACGAAAAAUGGACGAGAGAUAGUGCAGGGGAUUGGAAUGAUCCAGACAUACUGCUUACAUUGUUCAUCGACCAAUGACGGAGCAAGACAUCUCAGCCUGCCAUUGUGGAAUAGAGACAAACGGGAGGAUAUCAAGUAGAGGUUUUUGGGAUUCGCAGGCGCAAUUAGCGAACAAUUAGCAGCUGUACGGGCUGCUUCCUCGAGGCUGUCAAAGAGUAGGACGCGGAUGAUAAACACUCAUGCACAGCUUUUUUAAGCUCCCUCACUCGGUUGGAAAAUAGAGAAAGCCAGUAUCUGCUCUGUAGCUUUAGAUAGCUAAUAGCAGCUAGAUCAAUGCGAUGUUAAAGCUGGCUUUUGGGUGCGUUGUAAUGUGGUCGCCACUAGCGUCCGUCAGCAUGGCCGACCCGUUCUUCUUUACUGGUUUCAAUUGUGAAAUUUCGUAGUUAGCAGGAAACGUUCCCCAUAGUGCUUGUUCUGUUUUGGGAUCCGUCCAGCGCAGAAGCUGAUCUUGGCAAUUUGCGCAUCAGCAUGCUUCGGUGCAACUAUUCAUCCACCUGGAUCGAGAUCUCAGCCGUCCACGGAAGUGAUGUUACCUCAAGUGGCAACUUCCUGGCAUAGUUGGACUCUGCGGAUGUUUUGCUCCAUCCAGUUAGAGCAUUUUUAUCUGGAUAGAGAUGCUAAAGCGCGGUUUUCGCAUCACCACCCUGCAUCUCGCGCGGCGGACUCUAGUACCUGAAAAGCAUCUGGGGAUAUUGUUAUUCAAUUUUACUGUGCCGGCACGCGGCUUGCGGAGCUGGCAUUUAAGUGCUGACGCGCUUGUCCGCGCGACAACGCCCUUAAGUACUUUCGGUGUACUACUGUUUGCCUCGCAGACCUACCAAGCAAAACAUAAGUACACGGAAUCUGCUUAAUCGCAUAGUGUAGGCUGCACUCCUGCAUUGCGCCAUCGUUCUCUAUUUUGCCCCAGUUUUCGUAGUCGAAAACGAUUCUAACUCGUGCAAAGAGAAGUAUUGCGGAUGCUUGAAAAACACGAACAGCUGACGUUGCAACCGAUGGAAUUAUCUUUGUACC